UGUCAUGUCACCGCUCACCAGGCUCACCAGCUGUAAUUUGUAUGAUGUCUGAAGGCUGAUAGUGUGUUUUACCAAAAUCAAAAUAUUUUAAAACUUACUAAAUCUUCUGUAAGAAAAAAAACACAACUAGCAAAACAAAAAUUAACUAUGUAAAUGAUAGUUAUUUUCAUAUGACACUCAUUGGCAAAAUAUUGUUAAAAAAAAGUUUUGAUGUGAUUGACUUAGAAAAAUCAAUGGUAGCCCCUGAAAACUUAAAUUUUUACGUUACGCUAUAUAUACAAAUAUGAGUAUUAGACCGUAUUUAGGCAAAGUUUCUGCUGUUAUGGGUUAUGUAUUACAGACAGCCUGCAUCACUCAUUGCAUCAUAGAAUAUGUCGGUGAUUUUGUGUUGUGUACUGGUCCAUCCAUGGAGCCUACCUUAGAAACUAAUAAUAUUCUUUUUACUGAACACAUAACACCGAGACUGCAACGGCUACGUCGUGGAGACAUAAUCACAGCUAAGUGUCCCACAGAUCCUAAACAGAACAUUUGUAAAAGAAUAACAGGCUUGCCUGGUGAUAAAGUGAAGGGUUAUUUCCCUAGAGGGAGUCAAGUAGUACCGAGAGGGCACGUCUGGUUAGAAGGUGACAAUUCGGAUAAUUCUAAAGAUUCAAGAAUGUAUGGUCCAGUUCCACAGGGUUUAAUACGUGGUAGAGUAGUUUGUAGAGUGUGGCCGUUUAAUAAAAUGAGUUUAUUGACUGAACACUAACAUUUAUUAUAACUCAAUUGUUUUCCUGUAGUAAAUGAUUUAGUUGUUUUCAAUUUGAUUGAUUGAUAUAUAUUAGUUCUGUAAUUGUAAAUAAAGAUUGUUAACUUUAA